AUGGCAGAACAUCUGGAGAUUGAUGCUUUAAAGGCAAUCUCCAGUAAGCCUGCCAGCCAGAGAGCUGCCGCCAACGAGAAGGUGGCUCAGUUAUCGAGCCUCACAGCUUCUCUCUCCCAGAUAUUUGGCAACGGGCAGCAGCUGCCACAGCUAUACGCCGCUCUGAACCCUCACCAUGCUCCUGGACUGGUAGCUCGCCCAUUUUCUCAUCCGGGCCCUGGAUCAUGUCUCCAACCUGACCUGGCACCACUGGUGGCGCCGGCAAAUGUUGGAGAGCACGGCAAGGCAGAGAUCUCCCGCAUGUCACCCGGGCUCCCAUCGAACCCUGCAGAGCAGCAGCAGAUUGCCGCACCGUCCAUGGGAGAAGAAGCCCAGAAGGCCGAGGAUCCCCCCAAGAUGGCUGCCGUCACUGAUCCAGUGGAGAAAUCUGCUGCUGCUGCUGCUGCUGCCGCUGCCGCUGCCGCUGCUGAGAAUGGAAAUUCUGCCGCCACCACCACCACCGCUGCUGCUCAGGAGAAGGAGAAAGAGAAGGAUGGGGAGGGGAAGAAGGCCAAGGAGGGGAAAGGGGUGAGGGUGUUCAAGUGCACGCUGGUGGAGUUUGUGAAGGAGGUGUUGAGGCCGACUUGGAAGGAGGGGCAGAUGAGCAAAGAGGCCCACAAGACCAUCGUGAAGAAGGCGGUCGACAAGGUGGUCAGCACCCUGGAUGGUAAUAUUCCCCACACAAAGGAGAGGAUCGAUCUCUACAUGUCCUACUCUAAGGAGAAGCUCACCAAGCUGGUGCAGGUGAAGAGAUCAUCUUCACUGACUCUGUUUCUUCCUCUGUAUCUUCAUUGACUUUGUCCCCGUGGGAGUUGACCUCUGACUUCUCACUGGCGUUGACUGGGAGCUUUCUCUCUCUCUCUCUCUCUUUUUUUUUUCUUGUGCAGGCGUAUGUGGAGAAAUAUAUGAAGACCUGA